AAAAGCGGCGGCGGUAACUGCGCGGGGAUGCUGGGUGCGGGGGUCCUGCGGCCAUGGAGUUCCCGGAGCUGGGAGAGCACUGCUCGGAGCGCACUUGCAAGCAGCUGGAUUUCCUGCCUUUGAAAUGUGAUGCUUGUGGGGAAGUCUUCUGUAAAGAUCACAUCCGUUACGAUGACCACAAGUGUGGCUUUGCCUACAAAAAAAAUGUGCAGGUUCCAGUGUGUCCUCUCUGUCAUGCACCCAUUCCAGUACAGAAGGGGGAAAUACCAGAUAUUGUGGUUGGAGCCCACAUGGAUAAGGACUGCAAGUACAACCCAUCACAGCAGAGGAUCUUCACCAACAAAUGUCUAAAGCCAGGCUGCAAGAGGAAAGAGAUGAUGAAGGUAGUUUGUGAGCAGUGUGGUGGCAACUUCUGCAUAAAACAUCGGCAUCCACUGGAUCACAACUGCAGAGGGAGCAGCCAUCCCACCUCCAAAGCAGGGUAUGCAGCCCUGAUGAGAGCCUCUCAAGCUGCCUUCAAGUCGGCGGGAGCCAUUGGAGUGCCAUCUAAUGGGAGCCUUCAGCACAACAGAUCCAGAUAGAGGCUUUUCACAUCUGGAUCAAACCUCUGUCUACUUCAAAGUUGUGUUUUUUUCUAUAGCUCUUCAUGUGAUUUAUUUUUCUAUGCUGUUAAGUUAUUUUUGUAUCCUAAUGGUUUAUGCAUUCAAUAAACUGUCAGUCUUUCCAA